CGAUGAUAAACCGAUAAAUCGUCAUCUCUAUCAAGGUCAGAGAGUAGAGGAAACAAAACCAAAGUAUUUAACAGACUGACCAGCUAAAUCUCCAUCAGAAGAGUUACAGAGUGCAAGCGAGAUGAAACAAAUACUAGCCGGACUUGUAGGGGUGGUGUUUGUAAUACACUUUUCCACAAAAACUGUUAUUUGCCUACCAGAACAAUCAAAUGCACAUCAAAAUGCUCUGGCAGGAAAACUGUACAACGCGCUCGCAGAAAACAAAACUGCAAAUAUCUUCUUCUCACCGUUCAGUAUAAGCUACGCUCUGUCAGCGUUAUUAAUGGGCACAGAAGGUGACGCUUUCAAGGAGCUCCAGAACGCUCUAUCGCUACCACCGGCCGAGGUCGACAUCUUGAAAGCAGUAUCUGCCCGUUUCACGCAAGUCUUGAAGGGUGACGAAAACAUGACAGUGGCCAAUGGAUUUUUCGUGGACAGAAACUUUGAGGUGAAAGAAAAGUUUCUGAAUCACUUGAAAAACGACUUCCAUGCUGAGUCACGUGUGAUGAAUCUGUCUGCCAACCCAAUCGAUUCGACUCUGCAGAUCAAUAAGUGGGUGGAGAAUAAGACCAGCAAUAUUAUCAAAGACCUGCUACCGAAAGAUUUCAUAGACAAGUUUACCGUAGCAGUUCUGGUGAACGCAGUCUAUUUCAAAUCGAAGUGGAUUCAUCCUUUUGAUAAGAAUGAGACAAAGGUUCGUCCAUUCUACGCGCUGGACAAGGUCUAUGAAACAGAAAUGAUGCUGAUUAGGCGAAAACUCAAUUACAAGUUCUCGGAUGAUCUUCAAUCGCACAUCAUUCUCAUGCCGUAUGUGGGAAACUAUCGUAUGGUGUUGCUUGUGCCCAAAGAAACGGAUGGAAUCGUUGAGCUAGAUGCAAAACUAAAGAAAGGUCUGGAAGGGAACAGUACAACAUUUUUGGACUCGUUUGCUACUGAUGUGGAGAAAACAAAGUUGAAACUGGUUGUUCCUAAAUGCAAACUAGAGGUCAAAACCGACUUGAAGGAAUUGCUGCAGAAGAUUGGAGUGAAAUCCAUCUUCACCAACGGAUAUCUUGGGAAAAUCUCCGAUGAUCCACGGCUUUUCGUGAGUGAUGCAGUUCACAAAGCUAGUUUGAAUAUUGAUGAAAUCUCGACUGAAGCAGCCGCUGCUACUGGCAUUGGUAUUUCCAACCGAACGCUUUAUCCAAGGCCUAUUACCAUAAAGGCUGAUCGCCCAUUUGUAUUUGCCAUUGUACACAAAGUAACAAAGACCAUCAUUUUCGUUGGUCGUCUAUCUCACUUCUAGAUAAUUCUUUCCACUGAGAAAUUUCUCAUUCUAGCAGAUACUUGUUGGUGCUUAUUCUGUAGAGAAUACAAUAUGCGAUAGUAGGUACUACUUGCUUCAAUGAAAAGUUUAUUGUAAGUUGAUGAUAUCAACUUAAAUAUAUGAAUAUAUUUAUAAUACCUUUUGAUGAAGUAGAUCUACCUUAGCUUAUGCAGAAUAGCAAAGUUCAAUUGGUACGUCUUUAUCAACUUAUUGAACAAGAUUAGGAAACAAGUAUGAUUAAUAAUUUUUCAUCAUUUCAGGUGGCAUAUGUUGUGUGAGUUUAAAUGAAGCUCACACACAUAUACAACUGCGCCAUGAAUAACAAUAAUAAUAAUUUAAUCACAAUUAAAAUUUAACAAGCUUUUAUGCAACCAAACCUUGAACUUUAUAAGACUUGGGAAACAUAUUUGGGAAGCUGAUUAUCCUUUUAUUAUUUCAAUAUACAUAUACAAGUGAAUCAAGUACAAAGUUGAGUUGAGCUGCAUUACUAGAUAUUCUGUAGCUUAAUGACAUUCAAUACGCCUUCAAAUCAGAUGGUUUCUGUGUAAAAAUCAAAUAUAAUUCACGUCUCUCUUGAAAAUGAUGUAUUUUGAGCGAUUAUCUCGCAUAACACUGCGUGGUGGGAUGUAGUGCUGGUUCCAUCGCACCAAAUCCGAUCUGCCAAAAAUCAAAUACAACACUCCACUGCUCAGAAAGAACGAUAUUGCAAGGCACAGCAGCUCAUCCAAUGGAAGACCGUUCUGAAAAUUGCAGUGAUUUUGAUAUUUUAAGUUAUUAGAUUUUAAGAAGAAGAAACUUAAUGUAGAAUAUGGAAUGAAAUAGAAUAGAAUGACUUUUUUAUUUGUAGACUUGGCGAAGUUUAGACAGUACCGUGUAAUGCCCACUUAACCACGUCGUUAGCAAAAAAUACAAAAUAUAAAUAGAAUAGAAUAGAAUAAAAUAGAAUAGAAUGAAUUUUUUAUUUGUUGACUUGGCGAAGUUUGGACAGUACCGUAAUGCCCACUUAACUACCACGUCGUUAGCAAAAAAUACAAAAUAUAGAGAUAAUACAGAAAUCGAAACAAAAAAUGACAAUAAAAUUUGAUAUGAAUGAGAGUUCAAUCGGAAAAUACAAAUUUUGGAAAAUAAUUGUUUUUCCAUAAACUAAUUCAGUCAACUGCUGAAAGAGAAGACAAAAAUAUCAAAAUAAAUAAUUAGACAGGCUAAAGAAGAAAAUUAAUUAAUUAUUCAGAUCAGUAAAAAUUGGAAUAAAAAAUGAAUUUGUUGAUUUCAUAUGAAUAGUAAAUAUGAGAAAAACUUGUGUAGACCUAGCAGCACUUUGAAGAAGUGCAUUACUGUAGAUAGCAGAUAACCCGUAUACCGUAGAUAGCAGAUAACCCGUGCUUUGCACCGGGGAAAAUUUUGUGUUGUAAAAUACUCCUUAUGUCCAGGAAACAUCAAAGAAUAGAAUCAAUUUGUCAAAAUGAUGUGGAUAAUCCUCUUCAGAGUUCAGAGAAUGAGUUUGAUUGGUUUUGAACCCGCAACCUUUCAUUCAUGAAUCGUAGUGCUACCAAUUACGCCACUUUACUUGAAGAAUGAUUUCGGGAUUUUAUGGUUGCGUUAACUUUAAAUCACAAAUCGAAUAAAUUCAUUUGAUAAUUGAAUUCUAAUUAGGCCUAAUUGAUUUAUAAGAAUGAAAAUGAGUCUAUAUCCAUCCUCAGUAAAUUCAGUUAAGUUGAAUCAGUUCAUAAGUGAUAAUGGGUCAAUCGUGUAUUUCCUAUUUCAUUUCAUUUAUUCAUAGACAAUAGAUACAAUGCAGGUAAAAACAACAGGCAUUCCCCAAAACUGCUUUAAACCUUAAUUUGGAAUACACAGUCUAGAGGUUAUGUAAAUGAUAACUCAAUUCACACACUAUUUUGAGCCCAAAAAAUGUAUGUACGACAAUAAUUCUGAAUUUAUCACAUUAAUUAAUUUCAAAAUACCAAACCAAACAAAAAUCUUCCUACACAAUCACAAAAAAUAUUUAAAAUUUCACUUAAAUCCACAAAUUAUACUCAUGUUAAAGUUUUAAACGUCAAAACAUCUGAGUUUCAGAUUUUUUUUACACUAUUGAAAUUAUUUUAAAGAAUUCAAAUCUAUUCCAUACAUGUAUAAGACAAUCCAUUCCUUAAUAAUAUUAUGGAUGAAUUAUUAUCAAUAGCCUACUCAUGUGAAAGUUGUAAAGCUUCAUUUUUGAGACUACCCAAAAAACUUAUCCCACAAUAUUAUGUCUUUAUAAUCAAUCAUUUGUUUUCUCUAUAGUGGCAUAAGUAAUUUUUUUUGAAUAUGCAUAAAAUGUUUGAGGAUUGUAUUUUUGUUUAAGGAGUAUAUUUUGAUUUUUAUGUAAGUUAGUUCUUGAUGUUUCGAUUGAAAAAAAUCAUGAUUACAUAACACCUAUAAAAGUAGUGCUGCAGAAGUAUACCGUGUGGACUGCUCGUAUCCAUUUACGAAAACGUUGUAAUUUCAUUUUAUUGAGUUAAUAACAUUGUAAAAACUCACAGUAGUCUGAUAUUUACAAAACAUUCCAAUUUAUUAUUCAUUCCCCAACACAUACAUCAUUUAUAGUGGGGUGUAUAUUUAUUCAUUGAAUUAUCUUUGCCUAUUGUGAAAUUAUUCAAUGCAUAAAACUUCAUUGUUAUAAUUGUAUUAAUUAUUGUUAUAGUAUUCUAAUUUGUAUUGUGAAUGAUGAUUGAUGUUUUUGAUGAAUAAAGUUUGAUUUGAUUAUAAA